GUCACGUGCGCCCGAGGGGGCGAGGCCCCAGCCUGCCCGGGAGCAAACCGAGCUCGCCCUGCCGCAGUUCGCAGUUCGGGAGUCAAACUUUUUCCAGGACGGUCAACGCUUGUUUCAUCGGGACAGCCUGGAGCGCGUGGCAAGGCGUCUGCGGCCAACUUGGGGGGACAACAGUUUGCUAGGGAGUGAUUGAUCGUAGGGACCUGAAAUCUCGAUUUCUCAGCUAACAGAGGUGCGCUCCCGGAGAAGUGUUGCCUCAGCUCUAGGGGGACAGGCAAAAGGCUGCUGACACAUAAGACUGUAGGAGUCAGUACGUGCCUGGGAUUCAGGAGCUCGCUUGUGGUCAUGGUGAAUGAAAGUCUCAACCAGGAGGAGAGCAAUGACAGACCUGCGCCAGAGUCGGAAUUCCAGAUGGACACCAGCUACUCCACCCAGCCCAGCGGCUCCAUCCAUCCCAGUGUCUCAGGCCACCCCAGCGUCUCAGGCCACCCCAGCGUCUCAGGCCACCCCAGUGUCUCCAUCCAUCCUAGUGUCUCCAUCGACCCCAGCGUCUCUGUCCGUCCCAGCAGUUCAGCACACCCCAGUACCUUGGCUCAACCCAGCGGUUUGACCCAUCAUAGUAGCUUGGUUAGAGAAGACAGCGUGAUCAAGGUGAGCAAGCGUCGUUGGGUCGUGGUCAUGGUGUUCAGUUGCUACUCCUUGUGCAAUGCCUUCCAGUGGAUUCAGUACGGCUCCAUCAAUAACAUCUUCAUGAACUUCUACGGUGUCAGCGCCUUUGCCAUUGAUUGGCUGUCCAUGUGCUACAUGCUGACCUAUAUCCCUCUGCUCCUGCCCGUGGCCUGGAUGCUGGAGAAAUUUGGUCUUCGAACCAUCGCUAUCACCGGCUCAGCUCUCAAUUGCCUGGGAGCCUGGGUAAAGCUGGGCAGCCUAGAGCCUCACCUCUUCCCGGUUACAAUGGUGGGUCAGGUCAUCUGCUCUGUGGCACAGGUCUUCAUUCUGGGCAUGCCCUCACGCAUUGCUUCGGUCUGGUUUGGAGCUGAUGAGGUUUCAACAGCCUGCUCCGUGGCUGUGUUUGGCAAUCAGCUUGGCAUUGCAAUUGGGUUUUUGGUCCCUCCUGUUUUGGUACCCAACAUCAAAGACCCGGAAAAGCUUGCCUACCAUAUCAGCAUCAUGUUCUACAUAAUAGGAGGUGUGGCCACUCUCCUCUUCAUCCUUGUCAUCAUCGUAUUCAAGGAGAAGCCCAAGCACCCUCCCAGCAGGGCCCAGUCCUUGAGCUAUGCCUUGGCGACCCCUGAUGCUUCUUAUUUAAGUUCCAUUGUCCGGCUCUUCAAAAACCUCAACUUCGUGCUGCUGGUCAUCACCUAUGGUCUGAAUGCUGGUGCUUUCUAUGCCUUAUCCACUCUGCUGAAUCGCAUGGUGAUCUUGCACUUCCCGGGGGAAGAAGUGAAUGCUGGAAGAAUCGGUCUGACCAUCGUCAUUGCAGGGAUGUUUGGUGCUAUGAUCUCAGGCAUCUGGCUGGAUAAAUCCAAAACCUACAAGGAGACAACCCUGGUAGUGUAUAUCAUGACUCUGGUGGGCAUGGUGGUAUACACAUUCACCUUGAACCUGAACCAUUUGUGGGUAGUAUUCAUCACUGCUGGCACACUGGGCUUCUUCAUGACUGGCUAUCUGCCCCUGGGGUUUGAGUUUGCUGUGGAGCUCACAUACCCAGAAUCUGAAGGCAUGUCAUCUGGCCUCCUCAACGUGUCGGCACAGGUAUUUGGAAUCAUUUUCACCAUCUCUCAAGGCCAGAUUAUUGACAACCAUGGAACCAUGUUUGGAAACAUCUUCCUGUGUGUGUUCCUUGCCCUUGGAUCAGCUCUAACAGCUUUCAUUAAGUCAGAUCUUCGGAGACAGAAGGCGAACAAGGAUGCUCCUGAGACCAAAGUCCAGGAGGAGGAAGAGGAGGAGGAGGGGAGCAAUACCAGCAAGGUACCCGUCGUGUUGGAGGCUCAUCUCUGAGGUGGCAGAUACUCAGGAACACAGACACUCACCUCUUGGUUCCAGUUAGCUAUUACUGCCAGUACUGAGAUUCUCAUGGGGAACUGUUUCGAAGCAGCUGGAAGAUGUGCGCCUCGCACGGCAGUGCCUGAGCCUACUGGACCCUACCUGAGAACCUGGAUGGUUUACUCGGGGAAAACCUCAACUCUCUUCAGAUGCAGACUGGAUUCUGGUCCCCACUCCCUUUUAGGUCUGGUCUUGGGCUAGUGCUGGGAGAGGCCGUAGAGGGUGUUGAAGUCAUCCUUGCUUGGUCUCUUGCCUUCUCUCAUCCCUUUCUUCUCUCGUGGAGAAUGCUUGCAAAAUUAUCCUAAGAAAUCUUAUUCAGGAUAUUAACUUUUUCUAAUGUCUUACGAGCACUUCUUAUUGAAAAUGGGCGAACUGCUCUGCUUGAGGGUCACGAGAAAAAGCACCCCAACAGGCCUCCAUCAUCCCAAGGCAGCUCUAUCCUUUGCAACCCCCCCCCCCCCCCCCCCGCCCCAACUGCAGCGUUUCUUCAGAUCGUCUUUCCUAGAGUCAAGGAGACUAAACACCAAUAAACCAGAUAAAACCUUUGUGGCCACAAAGGAGAAAGCGAUUAGAGAAGGCUCUCUGCCUAGGUGCAACAGUGCAGGGAGGGGGCUGCCGUGAGUGUGUGUGUGUGGGGGGCUGAGUUGGGAUGGGAAGGUGGUUUCCUACAAAGGUGGUGCUCGCCCACGGCCUUCUGUGUCCCAGACUACUCAGAAUAUCUUCAUUGGAUAUUGCACUGUGAAAUGCAGCCAUCAGGGACUCGUGGCUCUAACCUUUAUUAAAAGCUAGUCUCACCCACUCUACUCUGACACAUAAGGCUCUCUCUCUCCUCAGGAGGAGAGAGGUACAAGGUGGCUCUUAAAAUAGACACGUAUGUUUCACUUAAACAGGAGCCCAUGCAUGUUGAGGACUAUUUGAACAACCAAACCCUCUCCCUGUCCCUGCUGGCGAGAAUUAUUUGUCAGCUAUUUUACAUUUAAAAGGAUUCUUUUUAAACCAAUCUCAGUUGACCUUUUUACCCACCCAGUCUGCUGGUUAUACUCAUGGGCUUCCAUAGUGUCUUCCCCAAAGAGAAACUGGCAGCUAAUUGUUCCUAUGCCUUGAGCAACUCUGGUCAUGGAUUGUUGGGUUGCCUGUAGUACUGGGCGUGUGUUUGUGCAGUGGACGGGAGGGAAGCAGCCGCCUGGUGGAGGAGUGUUAGGGAUGGAAGAGAUGCCUUACUUUCUGUCAAGAGAGGUGUUUUUUCUUCAAUUGUUCAAAGUGGACGUGUUUACUCAAUUCAUUUCUUUAUUAAUUCAUUUCUUUAUUUAAAAAAACAACAACAUAAUUUGUAUUUCCUGUGUGCAAUACCAGAUAUUUUAAGGCAAUAAAGAUUUUCAAAGUGGUCUGCCUCAUCAUUUAGUGAG